UAUGAGUCUUUUGAAAUAAUGUCACAAGGAUUUCUUCAAGAAGUUGAAACUGGUUUCGUUUCUAAAUUCGAAAACGUCAGGUAUUAACAACGACGAACUCUCCAACGAGAGAAACUGAAAAGUUGGAAAUUUUAUUGUAAUAAUCUAACAUUAUUUUUUAAAAAUAUCCAAUGUAAUGUAACUUCCAUCUUUUUGACUUCGUCCAAGGUUGAAGACUUGAAGAUCGAAAAUAUCGUCUGUUGUUAGUUGAUGGCGACAAUGAAUAUUUUGAAAAUAUCUACACCUCUAUGUUCUCUCCUGAGAUCUUGCUCAGUGAGAAAAGCUCAUCAACUAACAAGAGCUACUUUUGCACAAACCCUUUUAAAUUUACCAGAAACAAAAGUCACAGAACUUGAUAAUGGGUUUAAAGUUGCAACACAGUCUUCUGAUUCUGGUAGUGCUACGGUUGGUCUUUGGAUUGAUGCUGGAAGCCGUUUUGAAUCCCCUGAAACUAAUGGAGUUGGAAACUUUUUUGAAAAAAUGCUUUUAAAGGGUACAAAACAAAGGUCAGAAAAAGAUAUUGCUGCAGAAAUCUCAAACUUAGGUGCACAGGUCAGUUCAUACACAGAUAGAGAGGAAACAGCCAUUUUUGCAAAAUGUCUUCCUGGAGAUAUAAGUAAAGUUGUGGAUAUCUUAUCUGAUUGCGUGCAAAACUCAAAAUUUGAUUCCCAACAAAUGGAAGAAGUUCGAAAAGAUAUUUUGAAUACUUUGGAAGAAGCUGAAACAGAUUACAGAUUAGUAACUUUUGACUAUUUACAUUUGACUGCAUAUCAAGGAACUCCACUUGGUAAAUCCAUCCUUGGACCCAGUGAAAAUAUUAAAACAAUUACUGCUGAUGAUCUGACCUUUUAUGUUCGAAAUAAUUUUUUGUCAUCUCGAAUGGCCCUAGUUGGAUCAGGAAACAUAAAUCAUAAUGAUCUCGUGAAGUUAGCUGAGAAACAUUUCAGUGCUCAACCCAAUACUUAUACCGCAGAAAUUCCUCUUGUAACUAGAUGCAGAUAUACUGGUAGUGAGGUUCGAGAUCGAGAUGAUUGGUUACCUUUUGCUCAUGUAGCUGUUGCUAUUGACACUUGUGGUCAUGAUUCAAAGGAUAUUUAUCCAUUGCUUUUGGCAAAAACGAUAGUUGGCAGUUGGGAUAAAACAAGUUCAAUUGGAGAUCAUACCGUUCAUAAGUUGGUUAAUAAUAUUCACAAAGAGAAGCGAUGCCAUAGUUUUGAAACUUUUCAUAUAACAUAUAGAGAUACUGGUUUGUGGGGAUGCUACUUUGUUAUGGAUAAGAUGGUACUUGACGAUUUCAUGUUCAAUUUGCAAAAUGAAUGGAUGAGGUUAUGUAUAAGCAUGACUGAAUCAGAUUUACAAAUUGCCAAGAAUGCAUUGAAAGUUAAUUUAAUUGAGUCUCUAGAUGGUACGACAGCAACCUGUAAAGACAUUGGCAGAAGUGUUCUUCAUUACAAGAGCCAUGUACCAUUGUCUGAAAAGAUUGAACAUAUUGAGUCUGUGUCAUUGAAACAUAUGAAAGAUGUCUGUUCAAAAUAUAUUUAUAAUAGAUGUCCAGCAAUUGCUGCUGUGGGUCCCAUUGAAGCAUUGACAGAUUAUAACAGGGUUCGAUCUAAUAUGUAUUGGCUAAGAUAUUAAUUUAUAAGUUGUGAAAUAUAAAAACCCAAUCUUGAAGAUUUUUAUAGACAGUUAGAUGUAUACACAUUAAUUGUGCUUUACAAAAUCACUCAAAAUCAGAAUGUAAAAAUUUGGUUCAACAUGAUUAUGAUGGUAUUCCUUUCAGAAAGAGAAAUAAAGUGUUUUAUUUAUA